UCUAGCCUGUUAAGAAAGCUGUUGCUUUCUGUUGACAAAGAUUGUUGGUGAUAAAUUGCAUGGUCUAUUUACCACUUAAAAAAAAAGAUAGAUAAGAACGUUUUGAUAUUAAUCUAGUGUAAAUUAAAGGCCUUUUUAUUUUCCAGAUCCGUUAUUGGUAGGCGAACAGACAAAACUGAACUAUUGCAGAAUGAAGAGGCUGAGCAUGUGGUCAUUGGGUGAAACGUUUCUUAACACGAAAUACUGAAACAGCAGAGAUUUUGUACGGUUUCAUCUAUGAUAGUCGUUUGUCUGUAGCAAGCUAAUUUAGAGACAUCGAAUCGACUAGCUAGUUAAGUUAGCCUAUUUAGUGUUAAUCAGUCCAACAACCAAGUACUCGUGAUGAAAAAUGUCCAAAGAAACUAAAUACAUUUUUAAUUUUUCCUCGGUCGACUUGAUGAACAUAAAGCCUUAACAACAUGGAAAGUCGACCGGACCUUUCACUUGAGCGAUCCCGCCUUUUAGCCGGCGCGGGACUUCACGCUACCCAUGGAUUUUCCGUGGAUGUUCAAUCGCCGCACCCAACACCGCUCCGAGCGACGUUCCCCGAUAUGAACCGAGCGGGUGCCGCUACUGACCCAGCGUCUCUCUCCGCGUACCAUAGCCGUUUUCUCCAGGCUUCUCUCCCCCUAGACAACAAUGGGACCAGUUAUUCUUACCUGAGUGGGAUGUACAGCAGUAAUUUUCAUGCUCAGUCCAACUCUCCAUUUAGAGUGCCACCAACAGGAAUAAUAAUGAGGCAAUUUUGGCCUCCUACACCACCACCAGAUAGUUACAACAGAUAUGGCAUGAGUAGUAAUCUCUACACAAUGUUUCCUCCGUUGGUCCCCUCUACAGAUUCUAAUCCAUACUCCAGUCAAGGUUAUAUUUCUCGGUUGGGACAGUCACCUGCACCCUAUAGUUCUCUUUUGGAAGCAGCACAUAAAGAACCCACAUAUUUGCCCCCAGGUUUAGCACUGGCUUCAUCUUUUACAAUGCCCAGUCAUGUAGGUCACACGGCACCUGUGCCUUCCCUAACACCAACUCUUGAUCGUCAUCCAGGAUACAGUCACUUAGGUCUAGGAAUGGAUGUUGGGAGGCGCCCUCUGUUGGUAGAAGAAAAAGAGUUUCAAAGGGUUGAACGUGGAGUGGAAGACUUUGAAAGGAUUCUGAAGCACGAAACAUCAAGUAUCAGUUGUCAUCACAAUGCUGAUCGAACCAGACUUGCCUGCAGUACUGUGGAACCUCCUGUAAGAGCUGUCGAAAAGCAGUCAGAUUCAUCCAUUAGUCUUGGGUUGCGUGAAAAGUUUACAGAAAGCAGAAAUAAACAUCGUGAAGAAAAACACAGAGAAAAAAAACAGCAACGCCCAGACUUUGAAACACAUCAUUUAGAUGGCAGGCUAACAAAUGGUAGCUUACUACAAGCUAGAAGAACUAAACCCAACAAACCUCGGAGUGUAACCUCAAACGGUGAAGCUGACAAAAUCCACAAAGAAAAAAAAUGUGCACAAUGCUCAGCAAGUUUAGCUGAUAAUAUAGAAAUUAUCAACAACCCUCACUGUGUAGCCAAAACAGGUAAAGUGAAGGGUACAAAUAACCGGGAACCUAAGGAAAAUUCUGCCCCUGUUCCACAGAAAACAAUUUCCUGUUCAUCUGUAACUACAGCUGUGGCCACAUCAAGUGACACUGUGGCAACUACAACAGUUACUUUUACUGAACAGUGUUUGACACCUUCACUGGCUGUUUCAUCAAAUACAUCACCAGGUCUAGGAUGUAAUAAUACUGCUGUAUCAUCAUUGUGUCAUCUGACCACUGUUCCACAAGUCACAACUUCUCUCUCUUUACCUUCUUCAGUGCCUGCUGAGAAUUUUAGGAUUUCACAAAUGCAAGACAAACUUAAGGUUACUGACCUUUUACAUAAAGGCCAAAGUUGCGUAUCACAGAUUGUAGACUCACAAAACAGUCCAUAUCAUAAAAGUGACAGAUUGAAUUUACAAAACAAUCAGGUAGUUGGGACAACAGAUUUAACAGAUCAGUCUUGUAAAGCAGUUCAGAAAGUCCAUCCAAAAGCCUGUGAGGAUAAGAAUAGACCGAGUAGUUCACCAUCUAAUCUGAAAAGCCCUCCAAGUAAAGUCCAUACUUCUCUAACUACUACUGAAGUAAGCAAAAACAGCUAUCCAAUGGAACCUUUAUCUAUGGCCUGCUCUGUUACUUCAGCUUCUUUGAGAAUUAAUAAUUCACCUUUAUGUGAGGUAACAAGUCACCAAAAGAACCACAUAACUCCUGCACCUCUCUUGCCAACUGGAGUUCACAUAAAACAGGAGAGAAUAGAUUUAGAGAACCAUUGCUCAGUAAGUAACGCAUGCAACACCUUUGUAUACCCUCAUUGGCAGGGUUUGAGCAUACCUAGAAAUGACAUGGCUGAAGAAAACCAUGGUGUCAUCAACUUAAGCAUACCACGUCGAGUCCCUAAACAAGAACCUUUAGAUUUUGCCUUACCUUGUCAGUUAUCUUCAGAAUCCAUGCCAAAGAUGAACCCUUCCCCAGAAAAAGUUCAGUCAAACUUUAUUUCAUCUAGUAGUGAUGCAGAUAGACCAAAGUCUGGUGAAAAGCCCCAACAAUCUAUCGUAUCAGUCAGACUUCAGUUGAAAAAUAACCCAGAUGCUGCUUCAGCCUUCUCACUGGUGACAACAUGUAUGACUCCCUCUCAUUCACCAGUGUGUUGUACUGCCCAGUCAGUGUUAUCCAGCCAAACUGGCAUGUCAAGCCAAAAAAAUGUACAUGUUUCCAAAAGAUCAGAAACAUUUGUUGUCACAACAACUACUGCUAGUGUUCCGAAUCACAAUCCAGCUUUUUCAACAAGACUUCAUCACUCAGUGGCUGUAACUCUAGCUUCGUCCCCUACUGGUGUUAUCCCUUCUGUUGUUAGCUCAUGCCAACCAAGUUCUGCAACUUUAACCUUUCCCUCCACAGUUAACACAAACAUACCUGUUGGAAUUGCAGUAGCUCAACAGAGGCAAGCUUUAUCAACAACUUCAAAUGGUAAAACUGGAGUGAGAACUAGUCCAAACAGAUCAUUAGCUGUAUCAUCUAUGUCAUGUGAAAGCUCAGAUAAUACUGCACCAGAAAAAGAAAGUUUUUCACAAGGGCCAAAAGAAGUAUCUUCAGGGUCAACAAUACAACACCCUCCUGCAAUAAACUUGAAUAAUAGUACCACAUGCAUAUUGAGUCAAGAUGUGAAUCCUACAGUCACUCACUGGGAGCAGGAUUCUGUUUUGCCUACACCAUUACCCCAACAGUGGGUUACCCCAAGUCCAGUUAUGGGUCCUACAGUCUGGCUUAGUCAGAACAUGUAUAACCCUACUCCAGCCCAACAACCUCCACCUCCAACAGCUGUUCCUUAUCCUAUAGAUUCUUCUCAUGUACCCAUACCACCUGGUGGUUACCAAGUGUACAGAGAUCCACUAACAAAUCAGAUUUUCCUUCUGCCAACAGCAAAUGUUGAAAUCGUUGACCAAUCUGACAUUUGGACAGGCUACUCUGGCCCCCCUAGUGGCACAACAGUACAACAGGUGUUUGCAACUCAGCCACAACAAGCACCAUUUCAACCUCAACUCAUGCAAGAGGAGGACCAGUUAAAGCAUCAAACAACACAAAAUCUAUCUCUGUCCAACAACUGCAUUCCUACAGGAAGAAUCUUAGAAGAUGAAGAAACAGAUGAUUCAUCACAAAACAUCUACCAAGAUGAACAUGGCACAGAUAAGAGAGGAGAGAAACUAUCUGCAAUCACACCCCAGCCUCUUGGUUCCAGUUCAUCAGUUCCGUAUCCAGCAUUCCCUCAGCCUUCAGCUCCAGCAGCCCUUUCAUAUUUUUAUGAGGCUUCCACCAUUGUUCAUCUGACUCAAACCCAGUCAACAACUGCUAUCCAGACGGAGCCAGGAAAACGGUCCCAAGGAACGUCUCCAAUGAAUCCUGUUACUCCAUCACCUCCCUUGCUUUCCAGCUCUGAGCAAGAUGUUCAUGCAUCAGGAGAAGACAGUGGAGACAAUGGUGAAGAAGGGGAGGGUGAAGUUAGUCAGUACAGAACUGAAGUGGAAGUAAAUAAUCAGACCUUGAGUGUUACAGCAGCAAUCCAGGUAGAUAUGGAUGCUCAAACAAAUUCAGAUGAUACUGAUGUAGAUGAACAUGCGGUGGAGGUUACAGAUUCUGCUAACCAGACUGAGAGUGUUAUGGUGGGUAUAGUAAAGGAUUGUUCAACUAGUGGAGAAGAUGAAUCAUGUGAUAUACCCCAGUCUUCUGCACCUAUUCCUGUAGAAAACUCAUGCACUACCAAUAGUAAUGAUUUUGAGAGUCAUUCAUAUCAUAAGCAGGCUUUGGGUGAUGUUGAGGUUUUGGAAGUGCAUUCUGCACCUGUUCUAUCAGCAGAGAGCCAACCUGUCAUGGACUUUAUUGAUCAUCAUGGAUUAAACUUAUUGGUAGAUAGUAUUGAAGAGUUUGCUUCACGUGAACAAAAAGAGAAUACUCUGGAAAUGAGAAAGCGACUGUCAGAGAGCUCGAGUGAUGAGUCCAGUAAAAAUGGCAGUGAGUCAGUGAAUGAAAAUGGUAAAGUCAAUGACUCUAUUAAUCCAGUUGCAGAUGCUGCUUAUUUGCAGUCAAAGCCUUUGUCAAGCAACAUUGAUCCAUCUUGUACUGAUGGUUUAGGUUUACUGUGUGCACUUGCAGAACAGCGGUUCUUGGAAGAAACUUUGUGUUCACAGCUUCCAGAGACAGGGCUGAACUUGAGUUUAAAUCAUGAUGAAGAAUCCAUGAAACAGAUCUAUAGUCCUGACUCUAAAAGUCCAUCACAAGUGUAUGCUUUCAGUAGCAAAUCUUCAUCACCUUUUUAUGUUUUGACCAGUCCAGUCCAUCCUGACGAUGUCCCUGAAACAAUGGAUGCUACUGAAUUAGAGAUGAAGCUACAGUUAGCAGAACUCCAGAAGAAAUACAGAUUAAAACAGAAAGAAUUGGCUAAACUACAACCAAAGAAAGAAAAAGAAGAACCAGAAACCGUUCCUGUCAAAAGACGACCGGGACGUCCACGGAAAAGGCCAUUAAUGUUACGACAACAAAAUACCUUAAAAACCUCUCCUGUAACAUUUGGGGACAGUUCAUCAGAAUCUAUUCCAGAACUGCUUGCACCUUCACCAUCUCCAUCUCUCCAUCCUUCCACCUCUUCUAUAGUUCCUGUAUCAGAGACUUCUAUUGAAUCACCAAAGACACCUAGAAAGAAAAAGAAGCGUUCUGUCACUGGAAGUGGAACUAAUUUGAAAAGAAGUCAAAUAAUAAAGAAGAUCAAACAAAACAGGUUAUCUGCAAAGAGUUUUUCAAGCAAAUUAAUUACAAAGAAGAAGAAGUCAAACAUAAGAGAGAAAAAAUCAACUUUGAAAUUACAAGUUGAAACGAAAUCGGAAACAGUAACUUGUCAUCAGACACAGAAACUCCAACCACCAUCCAUACAGUCAACAGAAGGGGAUAUCCUAGGUAGCUGUAGUAUUCUAAAGACAGAUGACAACCUACAAAUUUUAGAUGGUUCCACAUCAGAUGAUGCUAUUACUGAUCCUCUUAAACACAAGAACAAGACUGAAGUCAAAACUAACAUCAGUGAGCCAGCUCCACAAGACAUCCACAGUUUUGUUCCUUCAUCAGAUAAACAAGGAGCAAAGUCAUCCUGUAACAAACAAGGAUCAUCAAAAUCAAAGAAAAACCAAAAUAAAAAGUCAAGUGAAAAUAAGAAGAGAACUUCAUUUACAUCAAUACAAAUGUCUGUCUCUUUGUGUAAAUGGAAAGUUUAUGAGAGUGAAACGGUAGAAUGUGCCACAGAAAGCUUGGACUUGAAUCUUUUAGCAUUUCCUACCAAAAUGAGAUCUUCUUCAGCUACACCUGAUAGAAGCUUGAGAAAGAAAUUAGAGCAAGGUGAAAGUGAAAGUAACACAUCUGAUGCAGAGAUUUCAUCAGCAAAAAAGCGAAAGCCUGGUAGACCCAAAAAACAUUCUCCAUCUAAACCAGAUGAAGCGACGGAAACAAUUGUUCCAAAACGACCAAAAAAGCUAGCUUUCCUGAAGGCCAAAGCUGAAGCCAAAAGGUUGACAAAUGAGAUUAAUAAAAUAAAGAAUUGUUCAGAUACAGAAUCAAAAACACAUUCCUUAGAGGAAGAUAUCUGGUUUCGUCGCCGUAGUGAGAGAAUUUUCCUUCAUGAUGCUGGCGUUGUUCCUGGUGCAAUAUCACCCUGGCGAGGAGAAAAUGUUGAUCCACCAGUCAUAAAUGAUAAUGAUUUACCCACAACUGAAACCAAAAACCUUGAGCCAGAACCACAAACCAGUUCAGAAAUGCCACCAAAGAGUUCCAAGCCUGAGGAAACAUCUCUACCCAAAAAGAAAAGAAAGACCAGAAAGAAUUCAGUAUCACCAAGCAAAAGAGUCAAAACCAAAACUAAAGGAGCAAAGAAACAACAAACAAAGGAAAAGUUGGUUACAGAUGAAUUGUUUGCUGCUUUAAAGAAAUGUCGAUUGAGUGAAAGUAACCAAGGAUGGGCAACUUCUAGUCAUCCUGCAGAUCAGGAAAAUGCUGAAAGUAGUGAAGGGGAGAAUCUACCCCUAAGUGCUUUGAUUGAAAAGAAACCAAACUCAGUAAUCAGGUCCUGCAUCCUGCAACCAGAAGAUCUGAAUGAUCAGCUUCGAGUCUUAACAAUGGAUGAUGGGCUUUUUUAUGCUGGAACUAUCAAAGCCAUUCGUGCCCCUGAUGUGUAUGGCAUUACUAGGGAUGGAGAACGUGGUAACAGAUCCCACAUUUAUUCUCAGGAGGAGAUUUUAAAUGAAGCUAUAGUUGAGGUGAAACCAGUUUCUUUAAGCAACCUACCAGUAGGUCAAAGGAUAUGUGCCUUCUGGAGCCAACAGUAUCGAUGCAUGUAUCCUGGAACUGUAGCCAAAUCUUUGAGCCCAAACCAUGAUAAGGAACAAGAUAUGGUGUAUGUGGAGUUCGAUGAUGGGGACUCUGGCCGAAUACCUUUGAAAGAUAUAUGUAUGCUUCCACCACAUUAUCCAAUUGUGUCAGCUGAUUUCAAUCCUCUUAUGAUUCUGGGAAAAGGUCGACAGCAUCAACUUUCAGGAGAAAGCGUUACUGAUAAUUCAUUCAGCAUGCCAACUCUCAGAAGACCAAAAACCAAAACGAAAAAGAAUAAAAGUAAAUGCAAGUCAGGAAAGAAAAAAAGUUCCAGUUCCCAAAGUCAAAAUAUAGAUGAACCUUCUUCAUUAAGUGAUGUAUUUCACUCUGAAGCUCUGCCUUUGUUUUCUGAUUCUAAAGUCAGCAAUUUUUCAAAUACAUUUGAUCCAGAGGGUUCACUCCAAACUUUAGCCACAGUUUCCACUACAAGAACUACCAAUGUAGUGAGCAGUAAGAAAAAGAUUACAGUAUUUACAUCUGAAAAGGAAAAAAGUUCACAAAAAAAGAAAUCUAAGAAAAGCAAAAGUGACUCUAAGAGGAAAAUCAAAAGCAGGUCAAAAGAAAGGGAAUCACAUCAUAUUGGUAGUUCAUCUGAAGCAAGUGUGUGUGGUCCUCCAUCUUUAAAGAUAAAAAAACAUAAGAAACACAAAGAUGAUCAUAAGCAUCGUCAUCGCCAUCAUCAUCAUCAUUGUCAUCGUCACCACCAUCAUAAGAAACAUAAGCAUGAAAAACGAAGUAAUCCAAGUAGUCCUGAACAUUCUCACUCCCCAUCUUCAUCAAGCAAUGAUGCCACUGUAUCAAAACCUACAGCAUCAUCUGUUACAGAGGAUACAGGAAUUUCUGCUCAAGACAACUUGCUGACAGCACCUCAAUUUGAAACAUUAAUUGAAGAAAAAGAUUCCAGUACAGAUGACAAAAAUAAACUGUUGAUGGUGAAAAUUAGAACCAAUUCUCCCAAUAUCCCUCAAGAAGAAAAGAAAGAACACAGUAAAGAAACAGAACCUGAAUCAUCUUCAUCUAGCUCAGACAGUUCUAAUAAAUCAAAUAAUAAAGAUAAAGAUGAAAAACCGUGUGUUAAAGACAAAUCUCAUCACAAGAAAAGAAAGGCAUCUAAGCCUUCUACAGACACAAAGACAUUCAGUCAGAAGAAGAGACGAAAAGUUCAUCUUUCCUCUGUUGAAAAAAGUAAAAUAGCAGCCUUUCUCCCAGCUCAACAACUGUGGCAAUGGGCUGGGAAAAGUUUUCACAGAAUCGUCACUAAAGGAAAGGCAAAAAAAGAAUUUUACAAGGCAAUCACCAGGGGAAAAGAGACAAUCAAGAUUGGCGACUGUGCAGUAUUCCUGUCAACAAGAAGACCUCACCUCCCAUUCAUUGGACAAAUCAAAACCAUGUGGCAAUCAUGGGUUGGCAACAUGGUGGUGAAGGUGAGGUGGUUUUACCACCCAGAAGAAACAAAAGGAGAAAAUCGACUUUUCAAUCCAAAGGGGGCACUGUUCCAGUCGCCACACACGGAUGAAAAUGAUCUUCAGACAAUAUCCCACAAAUGUGAACUUCUUUCUUGGACAGAAUAUAAAGCCAGGAAGGUUGCAGAAACCUCACACGGAAAUACCCAAUAUGGCUCAAUGUUUGAUAAUAAUUACAUUUACUACCUGGCUGGAAGCUAUGAUCCCCUAACUUUUGUACUGAGUCUAGAUGAAGGGGUAUCAUGAGGUAGUUAUUUCCAGUCAAAAAUUCUUAAAAGAAAUGAAACUGUAGAAAAGUUGCUCACUAGAAAUUUACUUUUUAUCCAGUUUCAGAAAGCAGGGAUUCUUAUUAUACAAUGUGCUGCAAAUGUUUUUUAUAUAGAAACAAAUAGUGUAAAUAGAAUUGUAUAUAAAUAUAUUGGUUGAGAGAGACUUAAAUUUCUUUAUACUAAUUUAUCAUUUUGAUUUGAAAAAACAAAAAGCAGUCCCAUAUAUACAUAGUGAAAUUAUUACUACAGCUAAAAUGUUGACUUAUAAAUGCAAGAGUAUGUAUGUAUUACUAUGUAAGUUGUGAUAAUGUAAAAGAAUCGAGAACUGGCAAUUUUCAAAGCCACUUUAUAAGAAAAUUAUUGAUUGGCUUUGUGAAUACUGGCAGUUAAGCCUUAUUGUACUGCAUACACAAAAGAUAGUUUCUUUAACUGUGUAUUGUUUGCAACCAUUUUAUUUUUAGGAAAUAUUAAAAGCAUUUAAUUAUAACUUUGAAUAUUGUGACAUUAUCAGGUUUUCAAUUUACUCACCUUCACACACACACUCACAGAAUAGUACACUGUUGUUGUCUGUUUCUUAUUCUGUUCACGAAGCUCACUGUGACCUGAGAAACGACUAUCAUCAGCAAUGGUCUUGUUAUAAAAAUAAUAUGUUCCUGGGCAUUUCUUUGAAUAGGUCAUUUUUUACAACCAUAUGUAUAUGCAGUGUUGAUAUACCUGGAAUAUGUUACAUAUAAAUAAUAAAAAAAAUAUUUACAUAAAAGACUUGUUUAGAAGUUUGAUACCAUUUCUUGUCAGUAGUAAACAAAGGUUCACCUAUAUUGUCACCAGGAAGUUCUGGUUAAAACAAUAAAAAGAACAUAAAAAUUCAUUAUUGUAAAUUAUCCAAUUAUGAUUUGGUGGUGGUAAUGAUUUUCUUUUGUUGAGAGGAACAAAAUUUCAUCCUGCUACAAGGUAUUGAAAGUUGAUUUUUUAUGCUACUGCUAGUAUUAAUAAUGAUACUGUUUGAAGUAUGUAUACUUGUGUUUGUAAGGCUGGCAGACACUUAAAAUGCUUGUGCCUUAAACUGUGACAUUAUUUUUAAGAAAAGAAUAAAAAAGCACAUAAAAAGUAAUUAGUUUGGUGGAAACAUUGUUUAUCCAGACUGCUUCUAAGAAACAGAAUUUCACUUUUUUAUGCUGCAGGUAAACUAAAGAAGAAAAUUUAAGUUUUUCAUGUAAUGAAACCUAUAAAGAAGCUUAUGGUUAUAACGUUUCUCUGGUGAGGUAGUCACAAUUCUUGUUAUUUGUGACAAUCUUUAAAGAUUACCUUCUCUGAAGAAUAACUUCUUUUACUGUAUAAGAUAUAUAGGUGAGUUGAGCAUACCCUGAAUAUCUUAGUAAUAUUUAUUUGUUUAAGUUAAGUGAUAGAAUUUCAUAUAAAUAUUCUUUUUUUUUUCCAGAGGUUAUUGAAUACUGAAGACUAUUACAAAUAUUAUAUAUAUAUAAUAUAUAUAUAUAAAUAUAUAUAUUAUUUUUUCUAGUGAUUUGAUACUAUUGAACAAAUAUUACAUGGUUCAAAAGUAUCAAGGGCAUGGUUCCGAGAAUAAAACUGUAUGGUAUAUAGUAACAAAGGAUCAGUAUUAACUUUGAUAAGUUAUUGAGCUUUAAGGUACAUUACUAAAACAACAACAAGUUAAUAUAAGUGUUGCUGGUGAGUUCUCUUUUUAAGGGUUCUUUGUUGGUUGCUUGAAAUCUAACAUAAAAAUGAGGUUUUAGCAAUCAGGAAUUUAACACCAUGAAUCACUACAGGAAGUAACUGCAGUUCAGUUAUACCAAAGUGAAUAAAUUAUGAAAGAAAAAAUGUGUUUUGCUGAAGAUAAGUCUUCAUUUUUUUUAUAUACCAGUUAUUAUCUUACAUAAAGCAAGUUAAGCUUUUGGAUUACAUAUACCCAAAGCUGUGGUAUACAAGUCAUUUUGGAAAUAUUGAAGAUGAAUUUGAGGCCAAAGUUUGCUGUAUUCACUCUAUAAAAGUUAUACUUUGGUUACAGUUUAUUAUUAUUAUUAUUGAAAACUUAUGCAGAGUAUAGAUUUUUUUUCUAAAAGAUAUCUGUCUAUAUGCAAACAUAUGUAACUCUUAAUAUUUUAAAUGAAAAUGUAAAAUAUUAUAGAUAUAUAUUAUAUAUAAUAUAUAUGUUAUAUGGAAUUAUACUUAGUAUCUGUGCCUAUAUUUUUCUAUUGUUAGCUUGAGGUACUGAUGAAUUUAUGAAGGAGUAAAUAAUGGGAAGUUAGGUACUGUUAUCAAGUUGAUUGAAACCCAAAAAAAGGAAAAGUUAGCUAUUUUGUACAAAAAAAUGCAUGUUUGCAACUACAUCUGUCUGCUAUGAAAAAGCUAACAAAUGACAUACUUUGCCUAACAUAUUUUUCUUGAUGAAAUCGAGUCUUUACGUGAAAUUUCUUUGGUAAUGGUAGCCUUUAAUCAAAUACUUUUUGAUUUGCUUUCAUUUUUAAGCUUUCUGUUUGAAGAGGGUUUUGUGUAAUAAAUAAAUUAUAAGGUUAUGCAACAUUCUAAGACAUAUCAUCUAACUAUAACUGUGGUAUUUUAUUUUGUGCAUUUCUUGUAAAAACAACGUACUGUCAAGCACUUUGUUUUAUGUAAUCACUUGUAUAGAGAGUCAUGCCUGGUUUGUAAGAGAUGUUCAAUAAAUCUGUAAAGUGUU